CAGCAUCACAUCAGCUCACUUCUUCUAUUUGCUGACUCGACUGAUUUUGGGGGGUUGCUGCACUGCGGCACUUUGAUGCUUUUUUGAAAAACUACGUUCCGAUUCCUCUGUUUCUGUUUCCCCCCGUGUGAUUCUUGUGUGGUUUCGUUGCUGUUUCGCUGCAUCGUUGGACUUCAGAGCCUCCUCUGCUGAGUCAGCACAAACAGCUGCAUCGAACAUGUCCGCCCCAGAUGCCGCAGCCCCCGGCGCUCCAGGAGCCCCCGGUGCAGACGGAGCCCCGGCAGGUGCGCCACCCGCACCCCCCAACACCUCCAGCAACCGCAGGCUACAGCAGACGCAGGCCCAAGUCGAGGAGGUGGUGGACAUCAUGAGAGUGAACGUGGACAAAGUUCUGGAAAGGGACCAGAAGCUCUCGGAGCUGGAUGACAGAGCGGACGCUCUCCAAGCCGGGGCGUCGCAGUUCGAAAGCUGCGCGGCCAAGCUCAAAAACAAGUACUGGUGGAAGAACUGCAAGAUGAUGAUCAUGAUGGGCAUCAUUGGAGUCAUCGUGGUGGGAAUAAUAUUCUUGUAUUUCUUCUACUGAGCUUCGCCCAUCAGGAAGAAUGAAUAUGGACUUGAGAAUGUUGAUGAGAUGGAUGACAGACAAGAGAGUACAACAAAAAACAAUCCUCCCCUUUUAACUGUCCUCUCCUCACACAUCACGGCAGCUUAGACUUGUCUCUGCUGUUUUUUUUUUGUUUUUUUUUUUUUUUUUACCCUCUUCUUGCCUUGCUUGUCCUCGUCCUUCCUGCCUGUGUUUUCGACCGAAGCUCCGCAUGGUACAUCGUCGCUCAUGUAUUAUUGAGGGAAGCACAGCGGUUAGAAGAAGAAAAGGCAAAGGAGGGAGAAGACCAUUUUCUUGGAAGACACUAGUAGAACUACUGUGUCUUACUCGUAAUGUUUUUUUCCCACUACCGUGGGACAUUUCUGCACACUAGCGGGACAACUUCUCCAUAUAGCGGUCUUGCUGGUGAGGCAAACCUGUGUACUAGUUGACAACUGCGUGCUUUUAGUACUACCAGUGACAUAAGAUUCUGCCAGUUAACAUCUAGUGCAUCACUAGUAGUACUAGUAGCACCCAGAUGUCAACUAGUGCUGUUUUGCCUCACCAGUAACGUACUUAUCCUACUAGUGUGCCAUAGUCAUUGUACUAAUGUGCUGAAUUGUCUUACUAUAGAGGACAAAGAGCGUACUAGUAGUUGGACCUCAAAGAUUUGAGCAUUUGCUCGAUACCCUUGAUAUCCAGUACGAGUAAAUGAACCUCACAUGUCUAAUUGGGCCUACUAGUGUUACUAGUGCGCCACUGUAGUUUACUAGUAAGGUUUAAUUGCAUACCAGUAGGCCAAAAGAGGCAUAUGUUAUGAAAAAAAUGGUUUACUAGUGAGACAAGUCGUUCAACUAGUGUGCCUCAAUCAUUCUAUUGCUGUGUGCUGAAUUGUCAUACUAGUGAGGACAAAAAGCAUACUAGGACAUGGACCUUAAGACAGAUGUCAAGGAUAGUGAAUGAAUGCUCAAACGGCUUUCCAAACGUGUGUUCCUUUUGGGUCCACGAAUUUCAAGACUAACUCGGCUCCAUUGGGAAAACGAUGAGACUAACAAACACAGCAGCACAGUUAAGCUUGGUCAUUUUUGCUCUUUGCGGCUAUAUCAGUGAUUCAAAGGACUGCAAUGCUUUAGUGACUUUUAAUUUGGGCCUGAUUUGCAUUAAUGGAGGUGAUAGUUGGAAAUAGUAUUCCGCGGCCACUAACAGACAAUCUACACGAUUGCAAUGCAAAGUACAAUGAGAGCCAUAGAUGUGAUCAUUUUUGUAUCGAAGAAGAGUGAGGAUUCCAAUGGCCGAGGUCAAAGUUGAAGUUUAAUCACAUUUCUACGUUUACACCAAUCAUCAGCAUGUUCUCUCAAUUGUUUAGCUCUGGGGUGGGCAAAGUAUUCUUUAAUUCCAUAAUCUUGUUUUUCCCUCAAAUAAAUUAAUUAAAAUGUAGUGAUUUAUUUAUUUGUAUUCAUUCAUCUCAUUCAAUAAUGUUAAUUGAUUUAUUGUAAAUACAUUUUAAAAAAUGGUAAAAUGAAAAAAAUACAUGUACUGUACACAACUGUUCAAAAGUUUGGUGUGACUUAAAAAUUAAGAAAUGUCCUUAUUUUUGAAAGAUAAGCACUAAGCGACCCCAAACUUUCAAACGGUAAUGCACAUUUAACUUUUUCUUGUAUUAAGUCAUCGGUAAAUUAACUAUUUCAUUAUUAAAAUGAUUUGAAAUGAAAUGAUUAUUCAAAUUUGAUUUUGUUCCAAAUCAAAUGUGGUCACAAGAGUGGCCCAAUCUGGCUUUAGCUGCUGCCCAGUCACUUCCACACUAACACAAAGUCAGCCAAGAUGGGGUUUGUUUCCGAUUUGCAUGGCAAAUGUGUUUUUUGUCCUAAGAGCGCCAUUCCUGCAUCCGUUGCUUUUUUUCCUCUAACUGUACACCAGCCGCUCUCGUCGGUGGGUUCAAGGACCCCCGUGCGUCUAACGUCCUCCCGAUCCGGUAACUACUCACGAGUGCCAAACGACGACCACUUUGAUCCGUUAACAUCAUGUGGCAUAAGCCAUUCUGACAGGCAUCUGUCAUGUUUGGAUCUACAGUAUCUUUCGGGGUAUUUUCGUUUCGAUAUUCGUAGUUAAGAGGCUCAUUUUUUCUUCUAAGACUAAUUGCGAAUGGAUCACGUUAAAAACAAUGACGACAUGCAUUUCCUUAUAGCUGUAGCUAACAAACAAUCCAAAUUAUAUCGCGAAACGGUAUAAUUUGGCACUAAACGUGUUUUGUGAUUUACAUAAACAAUGCAGCGAGAGGUGAAAAUGUUUGCAAGAAUAAAUGCAUGUUUGUCAAUUUUGCUGUCGCCAAUAAAAGAA